ACGUUUCCAUCACUUUCGCAUGGAAUCGCAUAGCGUGCGCACCGAAAGAAAGAUUACUAUAGAAGUUUUAUUCGCAAUAAUAAAAGUGGAAUUUAAUUGUGAUUCGGAGGAUUAAUCGAACGUUCCUGAAUAAGAAAGAUAUAAAAAUUAUCAUUAAGUUAAUGAUUAUAAAUUUUUGAAAAGGGAAAGAAAAAAACAAAAAAAGAAAACAAAAAUAAAGAGAAAAAGAAAAUUAAUCCGAAUAGAAUUAAUGACAAUUUCGAGAAAGAGAAAGAAAAAAAAACUAAAUACAUAUAUAUAUAUAUUAAUAGUUUAAAAAAUAAUCAUUCGUUUCUAGUAAAUUUAAUUGCAAGAUUGAAUCUAACCAUCGAUUUUAUUAAUUCUGAAACAUUCUUUGUGUUAAUCUUUACGAAAGAAAAGAUUAUUGUGAAGUGUAUACACCAUGAAGGAUCUAUUAAUGAUUUGGAAUAGAUUGACGGGAAGGAGAUGUUCUACGAUAAAUAAUAAUUUCGGCAUGACCUGUAUAAACGAACAAGAUGAAAUAAUGAUAACGCGGAAUACGAGAAACCGGAGAAAGUCUUCGGUCGUAGUGAAUCAGUUCUUCAAUGCAACGACGACCUUACCGGUACGAACUAAUGGCACACCAAUAUCGUCACGAAAUAUUUUCAUGCUAAUGAUGUUAGGAUUAAUUGGACUCGCCUCAGGCUUUUUAAUUCUUAUCUGCAAACCUUACGAUAUGCUCUUCCAAUUUAAAGUCACAUUUGGCGAAGGAGGAGAAAUAUUUGAAUUCUGGAGAAAACCUGACGUGGAUAUUUUUUUGAAAGUUUACUUAUUCAAUAUCACCAAUCAUGACAAUUAUUUAACUGGAAAGGAUAGCAAACUCAAUUUCCAGGAAAUUGGACCUUACGUAUACAAGGAGCAUAUGGAACACGGCAACAUCAAAUUUAACAGCAAUGGCACUGUAUCCGUCACACCACUUCAUCCUUUAAUAUAUAUACCGGAAAUGAGUAAUGGUACUGAACAAGAUAUUCUCAUCUUACCUAAUAUCGCACUUCUAAGUAUAACCAAUGUAAUGAGAGAAGCAACGUACUUGACAAGAUGGGGUUUAAAUGUGUUAAUCCAUCAAACAGAUUCAAAACCUUUGGUACCAAUGACUGCUCGAGAGUUCAUGUUUGGUUACGAAUCUACUCUGCUUACACUUGGAAAUCAAAUUAUGCCAUCGUGGAUCAAAUUUGAUAAACUCGGUCUUAUCGACAGAAUGUAUGACUUCGAAGGUGAUUACGAGACUUUUUACACCGGUGAAAAGGACGUGAAAAUGACUGGUCUGAUCGAUAAAUAUAACGGCAACGUUAAUCUUCCCCACUGGAAAGGAAGAUGUGCGAACAUUAAUGGUGCUAGUGAUGGAACUAAAUUUCCAACUUACAUACAACCUAACGAUACUCUUCUUUUUUUUCGAAAAAGUCUUUGUCGUAGUGCCCACAUGACGCGAACCGAUGAAAAAGUUAUUAAAGGCUUAUAUGCUUACAAAUAUAAUUUUAUGGAAAAUGAAAUGGACAACGGUGUUUAUAGAGAAGAAAACAAAUGUUACUGUCGAGAAGGAUAUUGCUUACCACCAGGUUUAGUGGACGUAACCGCUUGUUAUUACGGUUUCCCAAUAGCACUGUCCUAUCCACAUUUUUACAAAUCUCAUCCAUCUCUUCUUGAGGCUGUAAACGGUUUAAAACCAGAUCCAAAGAAACACGAAUCUUAUUUUUAUAUACAACCACAAUCAGGCUUACCAGUUGAUUUGGCUUUCCGUUUUCAAAUUAACAUGGCAUUGCAGGAUAUUGGACAUAUGGCAAAAGUAGAAAAGUUUUCUAACUUUGUUCUUCCACUUCUUUGGUUUGAAAUCGGAAUGUACGAAUUACCAACGAACAGAAACUCAUUGUUUUACUUAUAUUUAAAUAUUUUACCAGUAUUAGAAGAAAUCACUAAAUACCUCAUGUUCAUUAUUGGCUCAAUUCUUUUUAUUUGGAGCAUUGUUAAAUUACUUCUUUAUCGUAAAUUACUUCUUAAAAAAAGAUUACAAUUUUUUAACAAUAGAAGGUCUUCCAUGAAAAUAAAAGAAGCAGAAAGUUAUUAUAAUGCUUUGCUUAAUCAUUCAGAGAACAAAUUUACAUCCGACAUACUAGAAAAUUUAUCAACAAUGAAGAACGAAAUAAAUGUUUGAUUGUAAACAUACGAGCCGUUCAAGACGUAGAAAGAGGCUAUCAUCGUCAAGGACUAUAUACACACUCGUCGAUCUAAUAUCCUUUCGUAAAUACAUUCAAUAUCCGAAAAUGAAAUAUGAUUGGCGAAUAAGAUAUGAGUCUUCAAUAAUUCCAAAUAAAACGAUGUCAUCCUCUCCUGCCCUUUUUUCUUACAACAAAUAAAAUGUCAAGAGGACAGAGAAAUGGAAAA